AUGAUACAUUUUGCAGAAGAAUUUAAACUCAACAUAAUUCUUCGAUAUUAUAAUGGAGAAAAAAUAGUCACAAAUAAUAUUAAACAUGGUGAAAGAACAAUUAAAAUAUUUUUAAUACGUUGGAAGAAUAAUUUUCAUUAUGUACCUGAUGAAAAAGUACCAUUAACUACAUACUUUAUAAAACAUUAUGAAGAAAUAUUAAAUUAUUGUAAUGAAAAUGGAAAGGAUAUAGAAAAAUUCUUCAAUGUUACUAAAAAAGAAGGGGAAAUAUAUAAACACUCUCUAAAUAAUUAUAUUCCAGUAUAUAAAUGUUUAAGUCUAUUGAGAGAUGCUGGAGCUAUUAAAGAAAUUGUAGGAAAUGAUAUGAUUAAGAAAAAAUAUUAUGACUCUUUUCUAUUCUCACCAGAAAAUAUUUCUUUAACAUAUGAAGAGUCAAAAUUAAUUGUAGAAGAUAAAAAGAGUGAAACUACUAAUACAUUGUUGUUUGCUGAUUUUGAAUGUUUCACCUCUAGUGAUUAUCACAAGCCAUAUUGUAUUAUUGUUAUGAAUGAAGUUGGUGCGUGGAAGAAAUUUUAUGGUAUGAAUUGUGCAGAUAAAUUUAUAAAUUAUCUUCAAACUAUAGAGUCACCCCUUUGUUACUUCCAUAACUUAGGAUAUGAUGGAAGAUUUUUAGCAAAAUAUGGAAUUAUUAAUAUAGUUAAAAAGGGGAAGAUGAUAUAUAAAAUGACAAUAAAAUUAAAUGGAAAGAAGAUAGUAUUUAAAGAUACACUUGCUUUAAUACCAACAAGCAUAUCUAAUUUUAAAACAUUCUUUAAAUUAGAUGGAAAUUAUGAAAAAGAAAUAUUCCCUUAUAAUUAUUAUAAUGAGGAAACAAUGAAUAUUGGAGUAAUUGAAAAUUGUUGGAAUAAAGAAACACCUAGUUGGUCAUUAGAAAAAAUUGCACAAUUUAAAGAGAAUUUAAUAAAAAAUAGGUGUAUGAUAAAUGAAACCGAAUUUAACGCAGAAAAAUACUGUGAAUAUUAUUGUUUAAGGAACGUAUUAGUGUUAAGAGAAGGAUUUUUAAAAUAUAAGAAGAUGAUGAAAGAAAAUUUAAAUUUGGAAUGCACCCAAUUUUCCACCUUAAGUUCAUUAUCUUAUUAUUACUUUAAAAAUAACUGCUUUGUAAAAGAUUUCUUAUUUGAAUAUACUGGUAAUGUAAGAGAGUAUAUUAAAAAAUCAGUUUAUAGUGGUAGAAAUAUGUUAGGUGAAAAUAAAAAACAUAUGGUUAAUAAAGAAAUAGUAGACUUUGAUGCUUGCAGUCUUUAUCCAUCAGCAGUUGCAAGACUAUUUCUUCCUUCUGGAGCACCCCGGGUUAUGAAUAAACCACUCCAGUGGUAUCUGGAACAUCUAAUGGAGGAACAACAAUAUGAAACUACACAAGAACGAUUUAUCUCAUAUUUUAUUGUGACUAUAGAGAUAACAAAAGUAAAUAAAAAAAGAAAGAUGCCAAUUAUUAUUAAGAAGGUGAAUGGAAUAAAUCAAUAUGUAAAUGAACCAACAAUCAUGACAGUAGAUUCAAUUUACUUAGAGGAUCUACUUAAAUAUCAAGAAAUUGAAUUUAAUGUUAAAGAAGGAAUUUAUUGGGAUGGGGGAAAGGCUAGUUUAUUUAAAGAAAAGAUUAAAGAAAUUUAUGAUAUAAGAAAGCAAAAGAAAGCAGAACAUGACCCAAGUGAAGUAAUAUUUAAAUUAAUAAUGAACUCCUGUUAUGGCAAAACUAUUCAGAAGCCAAUCAUGGAAGAAAAUAAACUAUUUAGGACAAAAAGAAAAAUGCUUUCUUAUUGGAAAAGAAAUUUAGAAGAUAUCCUGUCAGGAGAACAAAUAUAUGAUUCUGACAUUUGGAUAUUAAAUGUUAAGAAACAAUUGGACGAAUUCUUCGUUCCUAAUAUUAUUGGGGUUCUUAUUCUCUCCAUGUCCAAGAGAAUAAUGAAUGAAUUAAUUUAUCUAUGUGAAGAUAAUAACAUAUAUGUUUAUUAUCAGGAUACUGAUAGUAUCCAUAUUGAAAAAGAUAAAUUAGCUCAAUUGAGAGAUUCUUAUUAUAGAAAAUAUAAUAGAGAACUGGUAGGGAAUAAUAUAGGUCAAUUUCAUUCUGACUUCCCGUCAGUGAAUGGAAAAGAAAGUUGGUCAAUCAAGUCCAUCUUUCUGGGUAAGAAGUCUUACCUUGAUGUACUCACCAAUGAAGAUGGUGAUAUAGAUUAUUUAAUUAGAAUGAAAGGCAUCCCCAAGGAUGUGAUUAUUGGGGUUGCCAAUGAAAAAUUUGAAGGGGAUGUAGUUGCUUUGUACGAAUAUCUUUAUGCAGGCUACCCACUCACUUUUGAUUUAUCAAAGUAUGGUCCUCACUUUGUUAUUGAAAGGGACUUUAGAGUAAGAACUCUUGAUGAGUUCAAAAGAACAAUUAAAUUUUAA